AUGGCAAAAAUUCUUUCUUUUCAGACCCCACCCCUAUACAAUUGGCCGCCAAUCGCUAAUCUAUUGACCCGCUCUCACAAGCUCAACGAUCGUGACCAUGCUGGCCUAGCUGAUGGCACCGCCGCUCCCGAAGAGCAUCUACCUCGCUACUUUGCAAAGAGUGGCCAUGUCGAUGCCGACCCUAGGAAAACCAAGAAAGAUGGUGGCGGAAAGGGCAAUUGGGGCCGUUCUGGAGACGAAGUGCAGGACUACGGAUAUACCUUCACCAACGCCAGACGUCGUUCCAACAGCAGCACGCAAGGGCUGGCAGAUUUCAAGACCAAGUUCGAAACUAUUGAAACGGAUCCGGUCUUCGAGGAGGAAGUACAUGGCCCGCUUGAGGAUAUCGACGGUGUGGAUGGGGUUAGGGUCAAGACCAAUGAUAGUAGCAGCACCAGCGCCACCAGCGAGGAGGACAUUGAAGUGAAGAAGGCUUAG